AUGGCGAACCCCGUGGGCGAGGAUAACUGGCUAGCUUAUGUCGAGGAGGAGAGCCGCCAUGCCACCGAUCUCGAGGCCCGUGUCAAAGUCGUCGAGCUCUUUAAGAGCGCCAUCUCCGACGAGCCCGCCAGCCUGAACAUCUGGCUGGCUUAUUGCGAGUGGUUCUGGUCCCUUUUCACCGAUUGCCAGAGCAGCGACGCCGGAUGGCCCGACGACGAGCAGAUGCUGGGCCGCGAGCUGUUCUCCUUCGACGCCGCUCUCAGCCUGUGGAGCGAGGGCUAUAACGCCAUCAAGUACCGCAUCAACGACAGCCACGAGUUCUGGAACCGCUGGGUUUCCAUCGAACUCGACCAGCUGGCCAGGACCCGAACCCCGAGCGGCGUCAAGCGUAUCUCCCACCUCUACCGCGACCGUUUGCAGGUGCCACAUUCCACCUGGGAUCUGACCUCCCAGGCCUUCUCGAGCCUUUUGAGCACCUACAACAAUGCCGCCUACGAGUCCGAGUUCAAGGAGGUCACCGCCAUCGCCCAGGAGGCAAAGACAGCCUACGAACGCAGAGAGACCCACGAGCUGGAGCUCAGGAAGGCCAUCAGGUCAGGUGACCAGAACGCCCAGAAGACCAAGAUGCGCCAGUAUCUUGACUGGGAAAUGGUCCAGACCAAGCAGUCUGGAAACCGUGCUCUGGCCGCCGCCCUGUGCCUGGGUCUCUACUCGAGAGCCCUGAGCGGCAUCUGUGCCUUCGAGGACGACGUCUGGAGCAACUGUGCCAUCUACGUGUCAGACGUGCUCCACCUUGCCAAGACGACACAGUUGUACCACCCCCUGCCGAAUAUGAUCGACUACUUUCAGAGGGCCACCAAGCACUGCCCGUGGUCUGGCCCCCUGUGGUCCAGGUACAUACUGAUGGCCGAGGAGUCGGGCUGGUCCUUCCACAACGUCGAGUCAAUCAAGCAUGCUGCUACUAACACGAAGGCCCUCGACAAGAACGGCAUGACGGGAGUCCUGGACAUGUACACUGCCUGGUGUGGCUUCUUGAAGCGCACGGCCAUGGACCCGAACGCGUCCGAGGAUGCCGCCGACGUUGCUGAGGUUGGCCUGCUCGCAGCUCUGGAAGAUGUAGACCUAUGGGGCAAACGUCUCUACAAGGACGCCUACCAGGGAGAUCCCAACUUCAGACUGCAGCGCAUCCUGAUUCAGUACCUCACCGAGGUCAAGGGUGACGCUGACGAUGCGAGACGUCACUGGAAUCGAAUGGCAGACCAGCGGUUGCUCGCCAAUAGCUACGACUUCUGGCUCAGCUACUACCUCUGGGAGAUGAUGAUCUUCUCCUCCCAGCCAAAGGCUCGAAGUCCGACCCCAGCUACGCCAGCUGGUAAUACCAAGGCAAUGCGAGUUCCUAGCAUGGCAACCGGUGUCUUGCAACGCGCCGUCGCGCAGAAAACACUUGAUUGGCCGGAACGGGUCAUGGAAGUCUACCUCCAACACUGCAACGACUACGAGCGGCCCGAUACGCUUCAUCACGCGCUUGACGCCGUUUACAAGGUUCGCAGAACUGUCACCAAGCGUCGAGAGCGUGAGAGCGCGGAAGCUGCCGCUGUCUAUGCGGCCCAGGUACAACAGGCCCAGGAGCAGGCACCGGCUACCGCGUCGCACGGUUCUGACACGCCCAACUCGCCGUCUGGGUUCAAGCGGAAACGGGAGGCGACACCUGGUGACGCGCCCCACGGUGGGAACAAGAGGGUGAAGAGUGUGGAAGCCAACGGUACCAAUGAUGCGGCCGACCAGCAAAAGCUCAAGCGUGACCGUGAGAACACUUCGGUACUAGUCACAAACCUGCCUCCCGAUGCGACACAGACGGCCAUUCGGAAGUACUUUAAAGAGUACGGUCAUAUUAACCAUAUCAUCCUCCAAAAGGAGCCCGAUAACGCCUCGAGCUCUGCGCUUAUUGAGUUCAGGUCUUCAGAGGACGUCAGUUCGGCGCUGCUGCGAGAUAACAAGUACUACGGCCAGUUCCAGAUCGGUGUCAAGCCUGGCACUGGGUUGACCCUCUUCGUAUCCAACUACGCCCCUACUGCCGAUGACGCGUACAUCCGCAACAUUUUCAAAGACUGCGGCGAUAUCCUCAGUAUCCGGUGGCCCUCGCUCAAAUUUAACACGCAUCGCCGAUUUUGUUACGUCUCGUUCAAAGACCCGAACGCUUCGUACAGAGCCUCACAGCUGGACGGAAAGCUGCUGGAUGGCAAAUACAAGCUCCAGGCCAAGUACUCGGACCCAAGCCACAAGAAGGAUCGUGAGGGCGCCGUGGCCGAGGGUCGCGAGCUACGGGUCAAGAAUGUUCACAUUGACACCCAAGAGAAUGAUCUUAAGAGUGUCUUUGGCAAGUACGGCAAAGUUGGCAGUGUCAAUAUGGUCAAAAAUAGCGGCGGGCAGAAUGUUGGUACAGCUUACAUUGUGUUUGAGACGAAAGAGCAGGCCGAGAAGGCGCUCGAGCUUGACAAGACCAAGUUUAAAUCACAGAUCCUUGAUGUCGAGCUCAGCAAGGAGUCCAACUUCAAACCCUCUGCCACUAGCAGGGGCGAACGCGGUUCGGCAACCGCUUCCCCGGCGCCCUCUGGAGAAGGCGACGUAGCCAUGCUGGAUGGACCUGACCAAUCGCAGGGUGCCGGGAAGGGGCCAACGCCCAAGGAGAUACAGGAUCGCACGAUUGCCAUCAUGAACGUACCCGACACCGUCAACGAUGCCCGCGUCAAAGCCAUAGUCGAGAAGCACGGCGACUUGGUCAAGCUAGUCCUGCGCCCCGAUCAUCAGGGUGCCAUCGUCGAGUUUGCCGAUGCGGCGACAGUUGGACGGGCGUCACUAGCUCUGGAGGGCUUUGAGAUCGUGCCCGGCCGCAAGCUACGUGUUGGCAGCGUGAGGGACCUGUUCAAAGAGAAGAGCGAGACUCGGCAGGACAAGGUAGUAACGGGUGGUGGCAGAGGCAAAGGAAGCGGCAGAGGUGGUGGCACGGCCAACGCGACCUUUAUGCCACCGCCACAGACCGUAAGACGGCCCGCUCUGGGCGGCCGGGGUGGAGCAAAGAGAGGAAGACUUGGCUUCGUGGCGCCCAAGAAGAAGGAUGACGAGGAGAAGACCCAGACUGCUGCUGGCAGUGUGAAUGGCACGGCACCGCCCAAGAGCAACGCAGACUUCAAGGCUAUGUUCCUUGGUCCGGCGGCAGGUGGCGGUGGCGGCGCUGCCCGGUCGAACAACGGGGAGUGA